AUGGAUUCAGUGACUGUGUACCACGGAAAAAUCAGCAGAGAAACCGGGGAGAAGCUCUUACUUGCAACAGGGCUGGAUGGAAGCUACCUGUUGCGAGACAGCGAGAGUGUCCCUGGAGUGUACUGCCUGUGUGUUUUGUAUCAAGGUUACAUCUAUACAUAUCGAGUGUCCCAGACAGACACAGGUUCUUGGAGUGCUGAGACAGCACCUGGGGUACAUAAAAGAUUUUUCCGGAAAAUAAAAAAUCUCAUUUCAGCAUUUCAGAAGCCAGAUCAAGGCAUUGUAAUACCUCUGCAGUAUCCAGUUGAGAAGUCCUCAUCUAGGAGUACACAAGGUACCACAGGGAGAAAAGAGUCUGAUGUCUGCCUGAAAGCACCAUGAGGAAGAAUAACUCACCCUGUACUUUAUUGUCAAUAAUUUAAGUAUGUGUCAAGUCUUGUAUAUUGUAGACAACACAGUUCAGUGAGUUGCAAAUGCCUUUUACACAUGAUGCUAGUCCUGUAAUAGGACCAUCUUGCUGGUGUCAAAGCUGAAAUUGGAUGUGGUAGGCAACAAGUGCUUUAAAGUGAGGAUUGGAAGACAAAAUCCCUUAAGGUAUUUUUAGCUACUGCAUUUACAAAUGAGAAACAAUUUAAAAGCACAAUGAAGACUUUACAAAAGAUUAAUGUCAACUCUUGCCAAAUGUAAAUAAAA